UGUGGCGCAUUGCUGGAUGUCUUUCAGCAUCUUCAGAACACAGUAGCUAGCCUGUUAGCUAGAGCUUCCAAAGAUAUGAGCCGCAAAAGAAACCACCGGUUUACCGAAACAAGCCUUUCUCCCGACCCUCAAAACGCAUUCAUGGACACGCCGGUGUCUGCAGCGCGACCCGAUGAAGAUGUAUUGGAAUUCGAGCCCGACGAGGAGCUACUCUGCUCGGUGAGCGACAUCACCGAACACCUUGGGAGAAACAUAACAGUGGUGCUCGAGACGGCGUUGUCCGAAAUCAGGAAAAUGGUCAGCGUCAGGAUACGGGUUCUGAAAAUGGAGCUUCGGGAGAAAACGGACGAAAUCGAAGUCUUAAAAACGAGACUAGAGGUGCAAAUAGACGGUAGGGACCCGUAUCCUGGAGGAAUGACCACCGAGGUUUCAUCUGUAUUCAGGAAAGCAGACUUCCAUUCAGGCAGCAAACACAACAACAACGACCACAAGAAAGCCAAACCAGCCAUACCUGGCGUGAAGAAAGAAAACAUCAAUGCCAUUUGCGACUAUCUGAUGAAAGAUAAGAAUUCACGGGGUGCUGAAACGGACAGUGACCCGAGCAAUCCUUCGUCUGGUAGCGACAGGGACAGCCGCCACGACCCCCAGCCGCACUCCCUCAACCACCUGUGGUCGGACAGUGUCAUCCCUGACGCGGGGCAUGGGGACGGGGAAUCGGACUCGGCCACGGAUGACAUAUUUGACAUGUCGCUACCGUCAGGAAGCAAGCGGAUCCACGACUAUGAGUGGAUGACUGGGGUGGAGUACACGUCGGAUUUGAAAGGUAUGAGGGAGCCUAAAUCGGAGAGUGCCAAAACACCAGAUGAGGAAGAUGAUGAAGAGGGUGACGAGUCAAAAGAAGAAAGGAAUGAUGGAUUGGAGCAUCCCCCAGCCCCACUCUCCCAUGACACAAACAGCCCCAACUUUCCCCUGCACCCCCAGGGCUCUCCAGGAGGGGAGGGGGACAGUUCUUUGGAGGCCCAUGUGGAUCGACUAGAACCGGGUCAGCAGUUUACCUCCCACACAUACCUCUGCCCACUGUGUGGAACCUUCUGCCCCGACUCCUUGUUCCUAGAGGAGCACCUCAAACUGAUACACGGCGACACCACCGGCACCCACAGCGCCCUGCAGUCCACCUCCGUUGCUCCCCUCACUCUGGGAGAGGGUAGCAGUGACUCCAAACGGGGGUUGGCGGGGCUUGAAGGAGGGAGCAUUCCGGCUGGAGCUAGGGGGAUGGGCCUAGCAAGAGGAGGAGGAGGCGGGGGAGGAGGAGGGACGAGGGAGAAGAAAGUGGAAGGGGGUUACGAGUGUGGAGAUUGCGGCCGCCAUUUCAACUACCUGGGCAACCUGCGGCAGCACCAGCGCAUUCACACGGGGGAGAAGCCCUUCAUAUGCCCAGAGUGUGGGGAGAAGUUCCGGCACGCUGCCCGAUUGAAGAGUCACCGGCUGGGGCACAACGGAGGCCAGAGCCCCUUCCCCUGCCCCCAGUGUGGGAAGGGCUUCCCGGUGCUCUCCGGCUUAAAGAGACACCAGCGGGUGCAUACGGGGGAGAGUCCCUACGCGUGCCAGCAGUGUGGGCGCCGCUUCAAGGAGCUGGGUAACCUGUACACCCACCAGAGGAUUCACAGUGGUGCCACGCCCUACUGCUGCCAGCAGUGUGGGAGGAGCUUCCGCCACCUGGGCACCUACAAGAGCCACCGCUGCACCCCCACACAGUGACAGUGACAAUCUACGCCUUUACCUUGAAGCUAGACUGGCUAACUGCUAAGUCUAGCCUAGCCAUCACAGGAGCCUAUUGAUAUGCUGUUAACUGAGGCAGGAACAUUGUCUGAGUCUAAAGACAAGCCUCAUAUGGACUUAAAAGGGAGGGAGACUGUGCCAUGAUGAAGAAGAGGUCAAAGGGCAUCCUGAUGAAAGCCAUGGCCUCGUUCAAAUAGUACAAAACACAUAAUUCCCUCUUCGGCUCCCUUCCUUGAAGUAAUCACUCAUCUAAUAAUAAUAAUACUUUUAAUUUAUAUAGCGCUUUUCAUUACAAACAAGAAUCUUCAAGUUGCUUUGAAAACAAAAACAAAUGUAGGGAUCUGGCAGUUCCUGUUUGAUCUUCCACAGCUUCAGAUGUCUAGGCAGUUCAGAAAGGCAACCGGUAGCAGUAGUGUCGAUGAUACAGACAGGCAGAGAGAAACGUCACCGGUAGACAGGCCUGGAGCACUUCAUCAGAGAGUCAGGGAGAAACGUCAGUCAGAUACUGGUAGACAGGCCUGGAGCACUUCAUCAGAGAGGGAGAAACGUCAGUCAGAUACUGGUAGACAGGCCCAGAGCUCUUCAUCAGAGAGUCAGGGAGAAUCAUCAGUCAGAUACUGGUAGACAGGCCCAGAGCUCUUCAUCAGAGAGGGAGAAACGUCAGUCAGAUACUGGUAGACAGGCCCAGAGCUCUUCAUCAGAGAGUCAGGGAGAAUCAUCAGUCAGAUACUGGUAGACAGGCCCAGAGCUCUUCAUCAGAGAGGGAGAAACGUCAGUCAGAUACUGGUAGACAGGCCCAGAGCUCUUCAUCAGAGAGUCAGGGAGAAUCAUAAGUCAGAUACUGGUAGACAGGCCCAGAGCUCUUCAUCAGAGAGUCAGGGAGAAUCAUCAGUCCGAUACUGGUAGACAGGCCCAGAGCUCUUCAUCAGAGAGGGAGAAACGUCAGUCCGAUACUGGUAGACAGGCCCAGAGCUCUUCAUCAGAGAGGGAGAAACGUCAGUCAGAUACUGGUAGACAGGCCCAGAGCUCUUCAUCAGAGAGGGAGACACGUCAGUCAGAUACUGGUAGACAGGCCCAGAGCUCUUCAUCAGAGAGGGAGAAUCAUCAGUCAGAUACUGGUAGACAGGCCCAGAGCUCUUCAUCAGAGAGGGAGAAACGUCAGUCCGAUACUGGUAGACAGGCCCAGAGCUCUUCAUCAGAGAGUCAGGGAGAAUCAUCAGUCCGAUACUGGUAGACAGGCCCAGAGCUCUUCAUCAGAGAGUCAGGGAGAAUCAUCAGUCAGAUACUGGUAGACAGGCCCAGAGCUCUUCAUCAGAGAGGGAGAAACGUCAGUCAGAUACUGGUAGACAGGCCCAGAGCUCUUCAUCAGAGAGUCAGGGAGAAUCAUCAGUCAGAUACUGGUAGACAGGCCCAGAGCUCUUCAUCAGAGAGGGAGAAACGUCAGUCAGAUACUGGUAGACAGGCCCAGAGCUCUUCAUCAGAGAGUCAAGGAGAAUCAUCAGUCAGAUACUGGUAGACAGGCCCAGAGCUCUUCAUCAGAGAGUCAGGGAGAAACGUCAGUCAGAUACUGGUAGACAAGCCCAGAGCUCUUCAUCAGAGAGUCAGGGAGAAACGUCAGUCAGAUACUGGUAGAAAGGCCCAGAGCUCUUCAUCAGAGAGGGAGAAACGUCAGUCAGAUACUGGUAGACAAGCCCAGAGCUCUUCAUCGAUCACUCAAAUGUAUUUAUAAAGCCCCUUUUUACAUCAGCAAAUGUCACAAAGUGCUUAUACAGAAACCCAGCCUACAACCCCUAACAGCAAGCAAUGCAGAUU